UUUCAACAUGACGCGCAGCGCUCGUGGCGCCAAGGCGGUACCGACAUCGUCGGAGAAGUCAAAGCAAAAGGAAAAAGGAGGCGCGUCGACGAAACGGGCUGCGGCGCAUUCAGGCAAGUCGCGCCGAAAGGGGACCCUCCCAUUUCCCGAGGAAGUCCUUCUCUUGGUACUUCCAUACUUGACCUGGCGGGAUACCUACCGUGUGUGUGGCGUGUCGCGAACGUGGCAAGCCGCGCAUGAAGCAUCGCUCAAGCAUGCGUCGUUGGUGUGGACAUCGUACGUUUUCCAGGGCGAUUCGUGGGAUGAAAUGCUCGACAAGCUGCAGCCGCAAGAGCCCGUGUUCGCCACGCCCUUGGUGCCGCAGAUGGCGUGGGUGGUAGUGUCUGGGCAACCGCACACGUUUCGGCGCAUGUCCGGGUGGAAGAAGCUGCUUGACGUGAUCACGGGCCGGCAUCUGCUUCCCGCAACCUGCCAACUCGUGUGCGCGUACAGCGACGCCGGGAUGAUCGGGCACUUGUCGGGCGAAGGCAUUCCUCCGGUUGAACUUCAAGAGGACAUGAUUGGAGAUGGAAUGGCAAUUGGAAUCACCGUGGGGCAUCUCCCACAUACGUCGGUGACCCUCACGAUUCCUGAGAAGGACGAGAUCAAGGCCGCUGUGCGGGACAUCCAAGCGGCUACGGCACCGAGUGCAUGCGCGGGCGUAGGUCUGCCGCACGACACAUCAUCUGCCAUCUUGCUCAGCACAAACUUCCACCAAAGCGUCAACCUCGUCCGCAGUCUCCAUUACCUGCACCCGUCCCUCGGCAGCAGCGUCGUCGGCGGCCUCGUGUCCUUCACCGACCGCUGCGUCCCGCUGGUGUACCGGCACAGCUCGUUCGACACGAGCACACGCUCGUGGCAGAGCCAUCUCGAGCCAGCCACCAACUUGAUCGUAGGGUUCUCUGGACGUGUGCGCGCCACUCCGUUCGUCUCGCUCGGGUUUACCGUCUGCUCCCCGAUCCUGCAGUGCGCGGGGAGUGUCGAAGACGAGAGCUUUGAACUGCUGCGCAUGUAUGACGCCGUCCACGUCGUUGGCCCAACAUCGACAACCUCUACCCAAGUAGUCAUCGAUCCGCUGGAAGUUUUGCGAGACCUGCCGUCGCCCCAUGUGCUGCUGCAUUUGUAUAUGGCCGAGUCCGCGGCCGCGUUGGAAACGUUCUUGGCGGCCCCUACCACCAUGCUCAGCGGCGGGGUCACGCGCAUCGAGGUGAUGUGCGACGUCGACAAGGGCAUCCUGCUCUCCCACUCGACUGGCGACCCGUCCGACCACUGGCCCGUGGGCAGCUACGGCGUCUUUUGCGCGCAGACGGUGGCGGCGGCGCGGCAGGACUUCCUCGCGUCCCUCCAUCACGCCCAAGCGACGGUCGCCGCGGCGGACGGCGUUGCCGUGGGGGCGCUCACGUUUCCAUGUGUGGCGCGAGGGUUUCCCUUUUACGAGCACCCGAACGUCGAAGCCGACAUGUUUGACACUGUCUUUCCCAACAUGCCCCUGACAGGGGUGUUUGUGGGCGGAGAAAUCGGACCCGUGGCCAUCCCUGGGGGACACUGCCUCGCGUCGGCGCCCGAGGUGCAGCAGCUGACGACCUGCGGAGCAUUGUUUUACACUACACCCCUCUAAUUCCAUGUGCUAUUUGUAUGACCCA